AUGGAAGCGGAAAGCAACUCCAGCCUGAGCCAGGACUCCUUGACUAGUCUCACGGCGGGCGAUGUGCUCAUUCACUCCACAGGUGUCCACAGGGAGAAGCCCAUUGACGCUGUGACAGGAGCUGGUGGCCGUAUGAAAAAAGUGACAAUCGCUGUGAAGAAGCUUCGUGAAGUGGUUUCUCCCUGCCAGGCAGCUGAUGCGACUUUGGCUGAAGAUGGAACACCCCGCAUUCCUCCAGCCUUUUUAGCAAACAGGGCUCCGUGCAGGGGAGUAACCCACAGUACCCCCCGCAGCGUGGCACCAGGAAUCCCAAGUACUAAAGGACAUCCAGAACAUCUGCUUUCAGUAGAAAAUUCUACAGAACCCAUGUUUUUAUCACAAAUGGAUUAUCCUAGACAAGCUGCAGUACAAGAAGAUCCUUCACUGCUACUGGAAGACAGCAGAAGACCUAAAGAUGAUGUUUUUAUUUCUCAAUAUGCUACUGGCCAGAAAGAGGCUUUGAGAGCAGUAUUAAAGCAAAAAACUCAAAGUACUCCUGUACUUAAGGAGGUGAAGGUACAGCUCUUAGGAAAUGCCUCCAGAGGAAAAAAGGAAAGUGUUGAUCAUGACACCAGGUCAGCACACAGGGAAGUUGAUUCUGCCACAACCAUCGCAGCAGCAACUGCUGCUGCAAUUGCUACUACAACUCCUCUUCUUAAAGUUCAGAAUGAUUUGGAAGCAAAAGUUAACUCAGUUUCAGCAUUACUUCAUAAACUACAGGAGACAGACAGACAACUGCAGCAUGUUGCUGAACAGCAAACAAAUAUGAAGACUCAACUUGAGAAGCCCCACUGUCACGAAAGAGUCAGUGAGCUUGAAAAACAAAUGAAUGCUUUCAUGGUGCAACGGAUUCAGCAUUUGGAAAAGUUGCAGGAGCAACAAAUGAAUAUUCAGUCUCAUCUCAUUAGGUCUGCAGUCAACAUGGGUGGUUUACAGCAAAUUCACAUACCUUCCUCCAAUCUCAUGACAAAACAAUCUGAGAAGCCAGAACAGCGAUUGCCUACUAACGAAGUAUCUUCAUGUCAGAGGAGUUUAUUUCCUACCAGUGGUGCACCUGCCCAAGGUGAAGGGAGACUUCUUGAGCAUAUUCUGAAUUCUCAAGAAAUGCCACUGAAGCAAACUGAAUAUUCCAAGAAGGCAACAUUAAACAGCAAUAAAAUGAGCUGGCAUUCAGAGAGAGACAGGCAUACUGCUUUGCAUACAGACUCAUUCCCUGCUUUUGAAAGCUCCUUCCGAAAUUGCAGUUCAAUUGAGAAAACAGUGAAAAAAGCAGAUGAUUUACUUCAAGAUCUUGGCCAACUGAGAAGAGAAAUGCGUGACAUGUUACAGGAAGCAAAUUCAUGGAAAUCAGACAUGAAUGACCUUAUUAAGUCAAAAAAGCCUACUGUUGCAUCUGAUCUUCCUGAACAUCAUCUGCUUGAUAAACCGUCCAUCCUUCAAAAUGUUAAAGUGCCAAAAUCUAUACUGAGGCAUGCUAAAAGGAUUUUGAGAGCAGUGCAAAACAAUAAAAAAGUUCUUGAAGAAAAUUUGGAAGCUGUUAUUCAUGCAAAAGAUGGAGAUGCCAUGUAUGCUUUUAUUAACGCCUUGACUACAAACAGUGAUAUGUUGGAAGAGAUUCGUAUCAGAAAGACUGUGGAUGAGUGGAUUAAUGCAAUCAGUGCAGAAAUCCAGGCUGAAAUGGCAAGAAGUGAUUUGGAACAAGUGAAAUAUGAUCAAAAGGUGCCAUGGAUCAAGAGAGCCCAAAACAUCAAGGCUAUGAAGUCCAAUAAAGAAGUUAAAGCAAAACCUCAACAAAUCCAAGGAUGCUUAACAAAGAAGCCUUUAUCUGCAGCUAAGCCAUUGCAGAAGCAAGCAGAAGAUAACACAAGCAGACAGAAAUUUAGAACUUACUUUUCUGCUGAAAGUUUGCAGAGGACAGAAAAAAAGGCAGCUGGACCUGUGAAUGGAAGUGCAGUGGUACAAAAUGAAGACUAUCUGUGUCAAAUUUAUGGGAAACCAAUUUACCAGGGCCAUCGUAGCACGCUUAAAAAAGCACCAUAUCUGAGAUUCAACUCUCCCUCUCCCAAAUCUAAACUUCAAAGACCCAAGGUGAUAGAGUGUGUUAGAGGUACAAAGGUAAAAUCAGCAAGAACACAGACUUGUUCUCAGACACAGAAGGUGGUAACCAGCCCUAAGAAACAGCAUCCUUUAUAUAUGCUUUCCCAAGAAAAUCAGUAUCUUUUUAGUCCAAGUCGAGAUGUGCCUGCUGUCUAUGGUCCACUUGAAGGUCACCUAAUUCCUAUGGCUAUUCCACUAGGUCAAACCCAAAUUAGCGACAUCUCACUGCAGCCUGCUGGAGUAGAUAUAGGUAAACCGCACCCUGUCACAGUUACAACCUCUCUUCCUCGAGUGCCACCAAAACCACCAGUUGAGAUAAAAAACCCAAACAUAGCUGUAAUAGAGAUGAAAUCAGAGAAGAAGGACCCACCGCAACUGUCUGUGCAGGUGUUACCAAAUGUAGAUAUUGACAGUAUUUCAAGUGACAGUGUGAGUGUAAACCACGUUCUUCCAGGCUCUGAACCUGCACUUCCUCCUGUCGAGGCUGUAAUACAGACUCCAGAAGAUAUACAUAGUGACGAGGAAGACACAAAGUUUCCGGGAACUAAUUUCAUUGAUGUUACUGAUGUCAUGCAGGAUCACGAAGAGGAGAGGGAUGAAAUUCCAGAAGUCUUUGAGCCUCUUCUGGAGCUUAAUGGACAGUUUAAGGUUGCCUCGCCAACAUACAAUGGUCCUUUGUUUCCUCCAGUGGCUUCUGUUUCUCAGCAGUCUUCUGAUGUUUUGGAUGAACUGAUUCAAAGGAGAGAAACUAUAGAAAACAGGUUGAUAAAUUGGGUGGAACAAGAAAUAAUGGCAAAAAUCAUCGAUGAGAUGUACCCAGUUCAGAAAGAAACAGUGCCAGAUGUUAGCAUCUCAGAGAGUGAAGACAGUGAGACUGUAACCUCUGACAUUGUUGAAGUUGCAGGUGGUAGAGGAUUUCAACUCUUUAUCAAUGCUGGUGUGCCUGUGGACUCAGAAAUGAUAAGUCAUUUCGUAAAUGAAGCUCUCAGUGAAACAAUUGCAACCAUGCUGGGUAACAAGCAGGCUCAGAAAGCAGUUCCUACUACAAAUGUUCUUCCAAGUACAAUGAUUAUGAUGGAGUCUCUUGUGCCUACUCCCUUGCCAACACCCCAGGCCACACCACCACAAACACCACCUUCAGAAAAAGAAUUGCCUCCAGUCAAAACUCCAGAGACUUCUCUAUCUCUUGCAGAAAUGAGUGGGGAUGUUCGUGAACAUGAAAAAAAUAAAGAAACAGGAGUUGAGAUGCCAGCUGCCACUAGUCAUGUUGGCACACCUGUGGUUACCCCUGUCAAUACACCUCCACAAACAACCACACCAAGCCCUCCUGCCUCAGAAUGGGUCUCCAAAGCUGCAAAACUGGAAAGUCCAAAGCCUCCAAACCCAUGGGAUGAUGCAGAACUUCCUCUGGAAGAAGAGAAACCCAGUCCUUUAACUGAAGAACCGUUCCGUCCCAAGGCUAUGGAGAUGACAGUGGCUAAUGAUGAGGAACCAGAAGCCUUGAUUUUACCGUCUCAGCAGUCGUCAGCGAGGCCCUUUGAAUCACUUCCUUGCAAUCCACAGGUUCCAUCACCUGUGCCUACAGUUAGUUCUGGGCAGUCCACGCAGGAAAGCAGCCUCACCCUCACAGAAACAGAAACUGCAGACAGACCCAUCUCAGAAGGGGAGGUACUCUUCAGCUAUGGACAGAUGGUGAAUGCAAGAGAAGGAGGACUGUCUCUUCCAAACCUUGCUGAGAGCUUAACCAGUACUUUACAAGAUGCCAAUGACAUGGAUUAUGAUCCUCCCAGUGAAGGGCAAGUGAUGAGAAGACCAGAUAAAGGCUAUCACAGGGAUCCUGUGCUGACUCUUUUAGCCAAAUUAAAUCAAGCACCUCUUGCUGCACAAGAAGGAAUGAGCCAUUUGGAGGAUUCUGAUGAUAGUGCUGGGAAUCUCAGUGAAAGUCAAAGACUGAGGCUGACCGGAGCAGCUGAGAGAAUCCUAAUGGGACAUUCAGUUUAUGUGGACCAUUCAGCUGCUCGGACUUCUGAAAACAGACCACACCAGGGUUUCCGUUCUCCAUCACCAGGGCAGCUUGCCCAAAUUGGAGAAAUUCUUGGAGAUGCAGAUACAAGUCAUGGUCCAAUGCUUAUGGCCAAACUGGAAUCUGAACCAGUUUCAAAUCCUGUUCUGGAAGCAGCCCAAGCAAGCUGCAGAGUGACAUCUCUCUCAGAGGAUCUGUCUCAG